UGGGCUCAGUUUCGAACGAACUCUUGGCCGCUGCGGACGUGUGUUGGAGCCCUCGAUUGGGAGGCGGAUUCGAAUCGUGUGUGUGGUGCGGAGUGCUGUGUGUGCUCUGUGUGUGCUGUGUGUGCGCUGUGCUGUGCAAUAGUGUAAAACCAUGGAAUCUCAAGCCAAAUGUUCAACAGCGCCACUGUGAUGAAACUCGAAAUAAUGCAAAAUUAAGCCCAUGCCCUCGAAGUCAAACCCGAAACUCAAGUGUUAGUUUACCUAAUUAAUUUAACAAUACAAACGACCGAAUAUCGUGCACCAAAAUAGCGAACAACGAAUACCAUACGAAAUAAAAGACAUUGUUUGCAAUCAAUAUGAGUGUUCCAAGUGCGCCCCAUCAGAGGGCAGAAAGCAAAAAUCGAGUGCUCCGGCUCCAUUUGCCCGGGGCAAACUACGGAGGAGCCCUGCUGCUGCUGCUGCUGAUUAGUCUCGGUCUGGAGCUGGGCUCGGUGCAUUGUUAUGAGAAAAUGUAUAGUCAGACGGAGAAACAGCGCUACGAUGGCUGGUACAAUAACCUGGCCCAUCCCGACUGGGGAUCCGUGGAUAGCCACCUGGUGCGAAAGGCGCCGCCCUCCUAUUCGGAUGGCGUUUACGCAAUGGCAGGUGCCAACCGGCCCUCGACCCGUCGGCUCAGUCGGCUGUUUAUGCGGGGAAAGGACGGCCUGGGGUCAAAGUUCAACCGUACUGCGCUGCUAGCCUUCUUUGGCCAACUGGUGGCCAACGAGAUUGUGAUGGCCUCGGAGUCCGGCUGCCCCAUCGAGAUGCACCGCAUCGAGAUCGAGAAGUGCGACGAGAUGUACGAUCGGGAGUGCCGCGGCGACAAGUACAUACCCUUCCAUCGGGCGGCCUACGAUCGCGAUACCGGACAGAGUCCGAAUGCGCCGAGGGAGCAGAUAAAUCAAAUGACUGCUUGGAUUGAUGGCAGUUUCAUUUACAGCACCUCCGAGGCCUGGCUCAAUGCCAUGCGCUCCUUCCACAAUGGCACCCUGCUCACCGAGAAGGACGGGAAGCUUCCGGUGCGGAACACCAUGCGGGUGCCGCUCUUCAACAAUCCGGUGCCGAGUGUCAUGAAGAUGCUCAGCCCGGAGCGGCUGUUCCUUCUUGGCGAUCCUCGCACCAAUCAGAAUCCCGCGAUCCUCUCCUUCGCCAUUCUCUUCCUGCGCUGGCACAACACCCUGGCCCAGCGGAUCAAGCGGGUGCAUCCGGAUUGGAGUGACGAGGACAUCUAUCAGCGGGCACGCCACACGGUGAUUGCCAGUCUGCAGAAUGUGAUAGUCUACGAGUACCUGCCCGCCUUCCUGGGCACCUCGUUGCCACCGUACGAGGGUUACAGGCAGGACAUACAUCCUGGCAUUGGCCACAUCUUCCAGGCGGCUGCCUUUCGCUUUGGCCACACGAUGAUACCGCCCGGAAUUUACAGGCGGGAUGGUCAGUGCAACUUUAAGGAAACACCCAUGGGUUACCCGGCCGUUCGACUCUGCUCCACUUGGUGGGACUCCAGCGGAUUCUUUGCCGACACCAGCGUGGAGGAGGUACUGAUGGGCCUGGCCUCGCAAAUAUCCGAACGUGAGGAUCCGGUGCUCUGCUCAGAUGUGCGGGACAAACUGUUCGGACCCAUGGAAUUCACACGACGAGAUCUUGGUGCCCUCAACAUAAUGCGAGGUCGGGACAAUGGCUUGCCGGAUUACAACACUGCGAGGGAGUCGUAUGGACUGAAAAGGCACAAGACCUGGACGGACAUCAAUCCUCCGCUGUUCGAAACGCAGCCAGAGCUCUUGGACAUGCUGAAGGAGGCGUACGAUAACCAGCUGGAUGAUGUGGAUGUCUAUGUGGGUGGUAUGCUGGAAUCCUAUGGUCAGCCGGGCGAGUUCUUCACGGCCGUAAUCAAGGAGCAGUUCCAGCGACUGCGAGAUGCCGAUCGAUUUUGGUUCGAGAACGAGCGCAACGGCAUAUUCACACCCGAGGAGAUCGCAGAGCUGCGCAAGAUCACCCUGUGGGACAUCAUAGUGAACAGCACGGAUGUGAAGGAGGAUGAGAUCCAAAAGGAUGUGUUCAUGUGGCACACUGGGGAUCCCUGUCCGCAGCCAAUGCAGCUGAAUGCCACCGAACUGGAGCCCUGCACUUACUUGGAGGGCUACGACUACUUCUCCGGCUCGGAGCUGAUGUUCAUCUACGUGUGCGUCUUCCUUGGAUUCGUGCCCAUCUUGUGCGCCGGAGCCGGUUACUGUGUGGUCAAGCUGCAGAACAGCAAGCGCCGUCGACUGAAGAUCCGCCAGGAGGCACUGAGGGCACCACAGCACAAGGGUUCCGUGGACAAGAUGCUGGCCAGGGAAUGGCUGCACGCCAACCACAAGAGACUGGUCACCGUUAAAUUCGGACCAGAGGCGGCCAUCUACACGGUGGACAGGAAGGGCGAGAAGCUGCGCACCUUCAGUCUGAAGCACAUCGAUGUGGUCAGUGUGGAGGAGUCGGCCACGAAUCACAUCAAGAAGAAGCCCUACAUCCUGCUGCGUGUGCCCAGCGAUCAUGAUCUGGUGCUAGAACUAGAAUCAUACGGAGCACGCAGGAAGUUUGUCAAGAAGCUGGAGGAUUUCCUGCUGCUCCACAAGAAGGAGAUGACAUUGAUGGAGGUCAAUAGGGACAUUAUGUUGGCGCGGGCGGAGACACGGGAGCGGCGCCAAAAGCGAUUGGAGUACUUCUUCCGCGAGGCUUACGCCCUGACCUUUGGCCUGAGACCCGGAGAACGACGAAGACGUUCAGAUGCCUCCAGUGAUGGCGAGGUGAUGACCGUGAUGCGAACCAGUCUGUCCACGGCGGAAUUCGCCGCCGCCUUGGGCAUGAAGCCCAACGAUAUGUUUGUGCGCAAGAUGUUCAACAUUGUGGACAAGGAUCAGGAUGGCAGGAUCAGCUUCCAGGAGUUCCUGGAGACCGUAGUUCUCUUCUCCCGUGGCAAAACGGACGACAAGCUUCGCAUAAUCUUCGAUAUGUGUGAUAAUGAUCGAAAUGGAGUCAUCGACAAGGGCGAGCUAAGCGAGAUGAUGCGAUCGCUGGUGGAGAUUGCGAGGACCACGAGCCUGGGUGACGACCAGGUCACGGAGCUAAUCGACGGCAUGUUCCAGGACGUGGGGCUCGAGCACAAGAACCACCUCACCUACCAGGACUUCAAGCUGAUGAUGAAGGAGUACAAGGGUGACUUUGUGGCCAUCGGGCUGGACUGCAAGGGUGCCAAGCAGAACUUCCUGGACACCUCGACGAACGUGGCCCGGAUGACUUCAUUCAACAUCGAGCCGAUGCAGGACAAGCCACGCCACUGGUUGCUGGCCAAGUGGGAUGCCUACAUCACGUUCCUCGAGGAGAACCGGCAGAACAUCUUCUACCUGUUCCUCUUCUAUGUGGUCACCAUAGUUCUGUUCGUUGAGCGCUUCAUCCACUACUCGUUCAUGGCGGAGCACACCGAUCUGCGGCACAUCAUGGGCGUGGGCAUUGCCAUUACCAGGGGAUCCGCCGCAUCGCUGUCCUUCUGCUACUCCCUGCUGCUGCUGACCAUGUCCCGCAAUCUGAUCACCAAGCUAAAGGAGUUCCCCAUACAGCAGUACAUACCCCUGGACUCGCACAUCCAGUUCCACAAGAUUGCCGCCUGCACGGCGCUCUUCUUUUCCGUGCUGCACACGGUGGGCCACAUCGUGAACUUCUAUCACGUGUCCACCCAAUCGCACGAGAACCUGCGCUGCCUGACCCGCGAGGUACACUUCGCAUCCGACUACAAGCCGGAUAUCACCUUCUGGCUCUUCCAGACGGUCACCGGCACCACAGGCGUCAUGCUGUUCAUCAUCAUGUGCAUCAUCUUUGUGUUCGCCCAUCCCACGAUCCGCAAAAAGGCCUACAACUUCUUCUGGAACAUGCACACCCUGUACAUUGGACUGUAUCUUCUGAGCCUGAUCCACGGAUUGGCUCGACUGACCGGACCACCACGCUUCUGGAUGUUCUUCCUCGGUCCCGGCAUCGUGUACACGCUGGACAAGAUCGUCUCGCUGCGCACCAAGUACAUGGCUCUGGACGUGAUCGACACGGAUCUGCUGCCCUCCGACGUGAUCAAGAUCAAGUUCUAUCGGCCACCGAAUCUAAAGUACCUCUCCGGCCAAUGGGUGAGGUUGUCCUGCACCGCCUUCCGGCCGCACGAGAUGCACAGCUUCACGCUGACCUCGGCGCCGCACGAGAACUACCUCAGCUGCCACAUCAAGGCGCAGGGUCCGUGGACGUGGAAGCUACGCAACUACUUCGAUCCCUGCAACUACAAUCCGGAGGACCAGCCCAAGAUCCGCAUCGAGGGACCCUUCGGUGGUGGCAACCAGGACUGGUACAAGUUCGAGGUGGCCGUAAUGGUGGGUGGCGGCAUUGGGGUCACGCCGUACGCCUCCAUUCUCAACGAUCUGGUCUUCGGCACCAGUACCAAUCGAUACUCGGGCGUGGCCUGCAAGAAGGUGUACUUCCUGUGGAUCUGUCCAUCGCACAAGCACUUUGAGUGGUUCAUCGACGUGCUGCGCGAUGUGGAGAAGAAGGAUGUGACCAACGUGCUGGAGAUACACAUAUUCAUCACGCAGUUCUUCCACAAGUUCGAUCUGCGCACGACAAUGCUGUACAUCUGUGAGAACCACUUCCAGCGAUUGUCAAAGACCUCGAUAUUCACGGGUCUCAAGGCGGUGAACCACUUUGGUAGACCAGAUAUGUCCAGCUUCUUGAAGUUCGUUCAGAAGAAGCACUCAUACGUCUCCAAGAUAGGAGUCUUCUCCUGCGGUCCUCGUCCGCUGACCAAGAGCGUGAUGUCUGCCUGUGAUGAAGUGAACAAGACGCGCAAGUUGCCCUAUUUCAUUCACCACUUUGAGAACUUUGGAUAAAUCAGCUCUAUUGGCUAUAUCCAAUCUUUCACCUGCCAGCUUCCCUGUAUUUCCCCCUCAACGAAAGCGAAUUCUAUCCGUAAGAUUCAUUCAUUAGUUCUAGCGAAUUCGGCUGCUCAAACAUACAACUUAAAACUUCCUUAAUCGUAGGCUAAUCGUACAAUCAUAAUUUAGUCAAGUUUUGCUUAGUGCGUUAAGAAAAUGUAUUCCAUUGUAAACAAAAUCACUGCAAUCAUAGCGAGAACAACAAAAAGGCCUCUACUUAUAUAUGUGUAUGUAUGUAUAUGUGUAUUUAUUGAAAAUAUGAUUUGUUAUCAGUUUUUGUAAA